AUCACAAUAUUUAUUAAAUAAUCUCUCGUUAAGUGUACCCUUGAAAAAUCAAAAAUUUUACAAAUACAUCAAAAAUACAUAAAAUCUAAUACAUUUUAGAGAUGCACCCCAGACAUAAAUUAGAGAAAAAAACAGGGACAAAGGAUGUGAUAAUCCCUGCCAAAACACAACAGAAUUUCCGCAACAAAAUCCAUCAAAAUCAUCAAUUGAUAAUCUUGGAGUUGCGACUGAAGGAACCCGGUGCAAAAAAAACCUAUUUCAUAAGGCUUCAAAGUACUAGUCAUUAAGAAUACUAUGAAAGAAAAGCAAGGAAGUCCUCUUGAAUAGGCAUGCGUGCAUUAUAUCUAAAUCCCUUUCUAACUUUAUUUCAAUCUCAACAAAGAAAUGGAAGCAUAAAUCUUUGAUGGUUGUCCUCUUACUCUUUUAGCCUAGCAUGCCUUGUGGGGUCUCUCGGGUAAGAUUUUUCUCCAAAUGUCUUCCGAUCCAUGAAAUGGUGGGAGAGGCGGUGUUCCUCCUUCCAAAAUAAAGCUCCGGCCACAUCCGCAAACACUCUCCUUCCCGGAUCCCGUCCCACUCGAGCUGUCCCGACCACGUAGAGAGUCUCUCGGCAAGUAGAACUUGCUGAGGAGGAGUUCCUCUGCGCUGUGUUCUUUCGAGAGGUUGGGGGUGGGGGUGUCAAUGCAAAAUCAAUGUAAAUCGGGUGUGUUUAGAAAAUAUUGAGGCGUGACUAAAAUUUUUUUAUUGACCAAGCUAGGUUUAAAUCCAUUAUGGAUUAAAUGGCCCAAUCCCCGUCAUUGAUAAAGCUGGGUUUAAAUCCAUUAACGAUUAAAUGGGCCAAUCUUGGAGGCGCACAACAUUUGCUUCUUCUCUCUGUGUCUCUGAAUUCUCCUUCCACAAAAGCACAAACCACGGAAAAACUCGAAAAAGAGAGAACAUGUGCAGGGCAAAUGCAGGGCAAGUUGGAAAGACCGCUGUACCUAUGGAAUUUGAUGAUUCGGAGCUCCACAAGCAGCGGUUUCUUCGAAGAAACUCUAAAGAUAUACUCUUCAAUGGUGAAAGCCGGCGUCCAUGGCAAUAACUUCACCUUCCCUUUAGUCCUGAAAGCCUGCGGUAAAACCAGUUCUGUACGGUACGGGACCAUAGUCCAUUCCCUCGCUCUUCGAGUUGGAUUUCAUGCAGACUUGUUUGUGCAAACGGCUCUCAUUGACAUGUACUCUAAGUGCCGUGAUUUAUGGUCUUCAAGGCGAGUGUUCGAUGAAAUGCCUACCAAAAGCAUUGUUUCUUGGAAUUCCAUGAUUUCUGCUUAUUGUCAUAAUUAUCGGCUCCGUGAUGCAUUUUCUCUGUUGAAAGAAAUGCAGGUCCUAGGCGUGGAGCUAAGCUCCACUACUUUUAUUAGUGUGGUGUCUACUUGCAAUUUUGGACAAGGCUUGUCUAUACAUUGCUACAUUAUCAAACUUGGACUGUCCAACUCUGAUAUGCAGUUAGCCAAUGCAGUGAUGAAUAUGUAUGUUCGCUUUGGUCAAAUUGAUGGAGCUCGUUGCAUCUUCCAUAGGAUGGAUAAGAAGUCGAUUGUUUCAUGGACAACAAUGAUUGGUGGCUAUGUCACUGAUGGGAAUGUUUCUGAAGCUUUCGGCAUAUUCAACCAUAUGCGACACCGAAGUAUUAGCCUGGACUUGAUUGUCUAUGUAAAACUUUUAUCGGGUUGUGCACAAGUAGGGAAUUUGUUGUUAUCUUCAUCAAUUCAUUCUGUAGUUCUCAAAAGUGGAUUUGCAGAUGCAGAUCCCAUUAACAACUUGCUCGUCAACAUGUAUGCAAAAUGCAGUGACCUUCCAGCUGCUCAGAGAGUAUUUGAUGGUGUAAAUGAAAAAAGUGUCUUCUUAUGGACAUCUAUGAUUAGUGGUUAUACUAAACUGGGUUAUUCUGCUGAAGCUUUAGAUCUCUUCAAGAGGUUGUUGCAGACAGAUAUUCGUCCAAAUGAAAGAACCCUGGCUACCAUACUUUUAGCCUGUGCUGAUUUGGGAUCAUUGAUUAUGGGGAAACAGAUUGAAGAAUACAUUUUGUUGAAUGGAUUAGAGGCUGAUCAGCAAAUCCAGACUUCAUUGAUACAUAUGUUCUGCAAAUGUGGGAGCAUAAGUGAGGCAAAAGAUUUAUUUGAGAGGGUUUCAAAUAAAGACUUGGCUGUUUGGAGUUCCAUGAUAAAUGGCUAUGCCAUCCAUGGGAUGGCAGAUGAAGCUUUCAGUCUCUUUCAUGAGAUGCGGAGCUGUAAAGGAAUAAAGCCAGAUGCUGUUGUUUUCACAAGCCUAUUGUUGGCCUGCAGCCACUCAAAUUUGGUUGACGAGGGGUUGAACUAUUUUUGGAAUAUGCAGAAGGUAUUUGGAAUAGAGCCCGUAGUGGAACAUUAUGCAUGCUUGGUGGAUCUUCUUGGUCGAGCUGGUCACUUUGAUUUGGCCCUCAAAACCAUCAAAGAGGUGCCUGUCCAGCAGCUACCUCAAGUUUGGGCUCCAUUGCUUAGUGCCUGCAGGAAAUAUCACAACAUUGAGCUGGGGGAGUUUGCGGCCAAAAAGCUAUUAGAAUCUAACCCCCGUGUCACUGGCAAUUAUGUAUUAGCAGCUAAUUUUUAUGCAUCUGCAAAUAAGUGGAAGGAGGCUGCUAAAAUAAGAAGGAUGAUGAAUGCUAACGGAUUUCUUAAAGAACCUGGUUGGAGCCAGCUUGAGAUCAAUGGUGUUACCCAUGUUUUUGUUGCAGGGGAUCAAUCUCACAGUCAGUCAGUUCAGAUAUACAAGAAGCUAAAGGAACUAAACAUUAAACUUCUAGAAGCCGGAUAUGUUCCAGUAACAGAUAGGGUGACUCAUGAUUUAGAAGAGGAGGAGAAAGAGGAAUCACUGAAGGUUCAUAGUGAGAGACUGGCUAUUGCAUUAGGUCUCAUCAGUACUGAGGCAGGUGUCACUCUGAGGAUCAUAAAAAACCUACGAACUUGUGAUGAUUGCCAUUCUGCUUUGAAACUUAUCUCAAACAUUACAGAAAGGCAGCUUAUUGUGAGAGAUGGUCAACGCUUCCAUUAUUUUCAGUCUGGUUCAUGCUCAUGCAAGGAUUUCUGGUAAUUUCAGCUCCCUCCACUCCAGACACAAUUAGACCUUGAAAUACUUACGGACUUCAACUUUGAAGAGAUGCUCGUGUUGCUCCCUCUGAAUGAAGCUUUAAGCAGGCAAAGAAGGGCUCGCAAACAAACUUUAUACAUGUUUCACGCUUGUAUAGACCAUCAUAAAGUAGACUAAGCUAUUAUCUAGUUCCCAGUACUGAUCUUUCUUGAUCCUUGUUUUGGAAGAAUCACUGGAGAAAGCUUGCUCAUGCCAUGAACCAAACACACACCGGUUAAGGUAACUGGACAAAUUUAUUUGUCCUUUGUAGUUCAAACCGUCUUCACUUGAGGUAGCUUUAUUUGAUAUCCAAAAUUUCGUCUCCAGACCUUUCUCAUUGCAAGUCUGGUUCUGCUCAAAGGUUUGAUCGAUUAAUGUUGUGUACUUCUGCCAAAAUCCUUAAGACAUCACUUGAUAGCCUUACGGAAAAUUUUGGUUUGAGUAGUUUCUGGUUUUCAUGCCUUGCUAUUUUAUGCUGAAAUAGAUAUGUGCAAGAGAAAUUAAUUUAAGUAGCAGGUGCUUAC